AUGCGUCGUCGCCGCGUCGAGGAGGCAGUGGAAAGUAAUUCGGGUCAAAUCAGACUAGACGUCCACCUACUCCCUUGUCAAAACUCGCCCAGUUGCCUUCUGACUUGGGAGAGUGGUCGUCGGUUGAAUGAUGAAGCUGAGAGGACUUGCCGCGCCGUCCGAGAGGAACAGCGCCAGAUCGAAUGCGACCAGCAGCAUACGGCAGGGCCCAAGUUCAAGACAAUCCGAUGCGCAACGCAGCCGGAGCGGGUGAAGCAGCAGGGUACGCUGUACUGGCUUCGUCUGGUACAAAAAGUCGACAACUACAACCACAAGCACGCGCGUCUUCAGAGCAUGGGCGUCCACGCGGUAGCAUUCUCCCGGGCCCAGGACAUCGCGACCCCAGCAAAACCAACUUCGUGGCCCUUUGGUCCUCCUCUCCGGGCAUCAUCAACGGAUGUUGUACUGAGUACCUGUGGGCACUGUCCCGAGGCCGAUGGCUGUAACCUAAUCCGCCGCACUUACGAGCCCGAGCGUCUGCUCUCCCAAGGAUCACGAUCAAAUCAAGAGGGGCUACAAGUGGUACUGAAGAACGAGCUCGCAAAGUCGUGA